UCUUUGGGGCCAAGUGUUCGUGGGUAAGAAUUUUUUAGUCUGUGCACUUGUACGUUUUAUGUCUUUUCUGUGGUUCUUCCAUCUGUCUGACGAAAGAAAACGAAACGAACGACAGACUCUCUUCGGUUGUUGUAUCUAGUUGUUUACGAGCAAAACGAUCGUUUGUCGGCUUCGAACGAAAUGUAUAAAAGGUCGAGGUCGAUGAGCUGCUGGCGUUACCGGGGGAAUCAGUUUAGGAACGAGUUCGGCCACUAGCCGGGGAUAUGUCGGACCGUGGGGGAGUGCGGUCCAGUGCUCGGCUUAGCGGUGAGAGCACAGCGGCCAUAGCAGCCCCGGCUGCAGCCCGUACUGCUCCUCAGGGCCGCGGCCGGCCGGUGUCAACGACGGCGGCAGCCGCUCAGCGACGCGCGCGUGCUGCUGAGCGCGCCGCGGAGGUUGAGGAUAGCCCACGGGUGCUUCGAGAUAAGUGUCGCCGCCUCGCACGGGCUCUCCGGAAUGCUAAACACCUGGUGGUGUACACGGGAGCGGGUAUCAGCACGGCCGCCGACAUUCCCGACUACCGCGGCCCGCACGGUGUCUGGACGCGGCUGCAGCGCGGCGAGACUGUCGGGCGGGUGGAGGUGUCGCGCGCGCAGCCCACCUUCACGCACAUGGCGCUGACGGCGCUGUGGGCGCGCGGGGCGCUCAAGUUCGUGGUGUCGCAGAACUGCGACGGCCUGCACCUGCGCGCCGGCCUGCCGCGCCGCGCCCUGGCCGAGCUGCACGGGGACAUGUUCGCGGAGCUGUGCGCGCCCUGCCGCCGCGUGUACCUGCGCGCCUUCGACACCACGGAACGCACGGCGCGCCACGCGCACGGCACGCGCCGCCUGUGCCACGCCUGCGGCGCCGAGCUGCGCGACUCCAUCGUGCACUUCGGGGAGCGCGGCCGCGCCGCCUGGCCGCUCAACUGGGCCGGCGCGCUGCGCCACGCCGCGCGCGCCGACGUCGUGCUGUGUCUGGGGUCCAGCCUCAAGGUGCUGCGCCGCUACCCGCGCCUGUGGCGCAUGCAGAGCGCGCCGCGCGCGCGGCCCGCGCUGUACAUCGUCAACCUGCAGUGGACGCCCAAGGACUCGGUGGCGGCGCUGAAGAUCAACGCGCGCUGCGACGCGGUGAUGCAGCAGGUGGCGCGGCGCCUGCGGCUGCGCGUGCCGCGGUACCGCGCCGCGCUCGACCCCGUGCUGGCGCACGCCGAGCCGCUGGCCGAGCCCGAGGCGCACACCACGCGCCGCGUGCCGCUGCAGGUGCCGCGCGAGCCCGACGCGCGCGCCGACCACUGGGAGCCGUCCUCGCCCUCGGCCUCCGACUCGGACGAGGAGCUGCCGCUGGGCCACCUGGCGGCGCGCCUGCGGGCGGAGGCCGGGGCCGCGCCGUCGGCCGCCCCCGCCCCCGGCCCGACACCCGCGCCCGCCCCGCCGCCUCAGUCCAACCUAAGCAGGUUAGUUUUGUUCCAGGUGAGCAUGCACUCCGGCGAGGCCACGAUACUACUUCGCGCCGAGCACGCCGCGCCCGACCUCGACCUACUGCGCCUGCGCCGCUUCCGCAUGCCGCGCGUCGCGCCUGCGCACUCCCGACUGCGGCGCUUGCUCGAGUACGAGCCGCGCAUACAGCGCGACGCCGACGACGACAAGCCCGCCGAGGCCGAGCUGCGGCCCAAGCUGGAGCCCAAGCUGGAGCCCGAGCUGCGGCCCAAGCUGGAGGGCGACGCGCGCGUCAAGGACGAGCCCAAGGAGGAGGCCAGCACGUCGGAGUCGGCGGGGUCGCUGGCCGCCGCCAUCAUCCGGCGCGCCGUGCUGCUGUGCCGCGCCUCGCUGUACCCCGGCCUGCACACCAUCAUCGCGCCGCCCGCCGCGCCGCCGCCCGAGUGCGCGUGGUGCGCGCGGCACUACGCGGCGCGCCGCUGCCUGUGGUACGGGCCGCCGCGCGAGCCGCCGCCCGCCGCGCGCGUGUGGCGCCGCGCGCGCGGCCGCCGCUACCUGUGCGCCUGCUGCGGCGGCCCGGACGCGCCGCGCGCCGACCCCGACGACGGCGGCUGGUACGGCAAGGGCUACCGCAAGGGCCGGCGCCGCCGCAGGUAGCCCGAGCCCGACGCCCGGCCGCCGCCGUCGCCGCGCGCGUCGGGCGUCGUACUCCACGACCGGCCGCCUCGGACGGCCUCCGAGUCGCGGACUGUUGCGGCGAGUCUUCGGACGGACGUUGACGUCGAGGACUAGAAGGACGUACCUCGCGCGGCUCGCGAGUCGGGCGUGGGGCGGAGGUUUUGUCGAACAAAGUCCCGGCUCGGGGUCGGGCCGCGUGUCGCCGCCCGCCUCAGUCUAGCGUUUUGUAUAAUUUUAUAAUGAACUAAUAAUUAUUAAUUUAAUAGUGAAAUAAAUAUUAUUUGUAUUAUGAAUAUGAUAUGAUAGUUACUGAAGCUGUGUGAAUGUCGAUUGAUAUGUGAAAUUAAUAAUUAGUAAGCAAAUAAAUUUGAACAAUUUGAA